AUCAUUGUUAUUGAAAUUCUCCAGAAAAUUAAACGUCAAAGUAACAUUUACAAAGUGAACAUUGUAAUUGAUAAGAAGUUAUUGUUCGUUGAUAGUCUAAAGUGCUCUAUUUUACUAGUAAUGCUCUGGUAGGUGGAAAUCUGACCUCUUUGGAAAUUAUCUGGUGAAGCAGACGAAGAUGUAUCCGAACUUGAUAAAGUGCCAGUCUCCGGACCCGAAAUUUAUUUACGAUGAAGCCUGCUUGGAUUUUCACAACAACUUCAAAGAUGAAGUGCAAAUUUAUGGGCAGAACGUGGAAUGCCACAAAUGCGAUUACCAAUUUUUGUUUAAACUCCCAGCACAGAAUAAUGCAUCACUCUUGGUCAACACCAAAUAUAAUAUGCGGAUGCAAUACAUUCACAAUGGUUCCACCCUUUGCGAGAUGACCCAUGAGUUUUUGGAGCACUACAGAUACAUGUGGAACAUCUCUGAUAAAUGCACCCCAUUAACAAUUGUAAAGGAUGCUGAUAGUGCCUACAUUCCAAUACUAAGCGCAUUCAUAAUCUUGUUUUGCUUUGGAACUUUCUGGUACAUGAUAAAAUGCAUUUACAAAUGCACCAGAGACAACGUUUUUUGGAGAAGGAUUAUGAUGAACUCUACUGAAAUGGAAAAUGAUUUGGGAAGUACCACGGAUACGGUGUUGGUGAUUGAGCGUCCACCGCACAUCAAGAAGCAGUCCCAACGAAUGAAAUCCAUCGAUGUCUUUCGCGGCAUAUGCAUUAUCAUAAUGAUAUUUUGCAAUUACGGCGGUGGACAAUACUGGUUCUUCAAGCAUUCCAUCUGGAAUGGAUUAACUAUUGCUGAUUUGGUAUUCCCAUGGUUCGUUUGGCUGAUGGGACUGUCCAUGGAGUUCUCCAUGAACAAGAAGUUGAGAAGGGCAGUACCGAGGAGACAAAUAGCCAUGCAUUGUGUCAAAAGAUCGUUGAUUCUCAUUGCAAUCGGCAUCAUCUUAAGCACCAACAAGGAUCCACAUUUGGAGACGUUCAGAUUUUUGGGCAUAUUGCAGCGUCUGGGACUGAGCUACAUGAUCGUCGGAUUGAUAGAAACUUGCUUCUCCAAAAGGUCUCCAUCAAACUACCGACAAUGUCGUUUCGUCCCGGAAGUGCUGACGGCAAUACCACAAUGGAUGAUCAUGAUCAGCUUGGUCGUUAUUCACACAUGCAUCACUUUCUUGAUGACCUUUCCAGGUUGUGCCGCUGGAUAUUUGGGACCCGGUGGUCUGGACGAUGGUGGUAAAUACGAGAAUUGCACUGGAGGUGCAGCCGGCUUCAUCGACAGGACAAUCUUGCGCAAGCACGUCUUCAACAGCUCACAAAAUUUGGAUAUCUACGAUUAUCCCAUUUUCAAAAUGGAUCCGGAAGGUGUAUUGGGUACGUUAACUGCAGCUUUCAUGGCAUUCUUGGGAGUGCACGCCGGUCGUAUUUUCAAAUCUGAGAGUUCGAUUCAAACGAAGGUCACCAAGCUGAUGGUCUACGGAAUAGUAUUUGCAAUUGUGGGAGGAGCUCUGUGCGGUUUCUCCAAGGAGGGCGGACCGAUACCGAUCAACAAGAAGCUUUGGUCCUUGUCAAUGGUCUUUGCGCUGAGCGGAGCUGCGUAUGUUAUAAUAGCGAUCCUUCACGUGCUUGUCGAUGUGACCAGGAAGUGGGGCGGAAGACCUAUAUUCUACCCAGGGAUGAACCCGCUGGUCCUAUACAUAUUGCAUUAUCUGUUCAAAGAUACUUUGCCCUUCGGCUGGAAGAUUCGCGAUUCGCAGACCCAUUCCGCCUACCUGAGCAUGAAUUUGUGGGGAACGGCACUCUGGGUCUGCUUCUCCGUGUACCUAUAUAAGAAAAACAUCAUAAUUUCGCUUUAAAUAUUUGAUAACGCUAAAGGUAGGUGUGUAUUUAGGCGGCUAAUCGCGCGAUGAGAUGAAUAUCCUAAAUAACGAAGGAAAAAAAAUAAUGGAAUGUGAUAUAUAUAAGAUGAGAGUGUUUAUUUUGUAAUUUCUUACCAAAAUGUGCGUAUAAAUUUAUUUUACUCCUUGCGUUAUCUAUUUACAAUUAUAUAAUUAUUGUUUGAUAUAGUAUCUAUUGGAUGUUCUUUAAUACAUUUGUAUACAUUUUAAUGAAAUAUGAUAUUACUUGUGAAUGAUUUAACAAUGCAAUUUUGAUUUCCCGUUGACUGAAAUUACUUUUAAUUCGAAUAUUUACGAGUGUAUAAUGUUAUAUUAUCUAUAUCAAAUAAUAAAAUAAAAUCCAACUUGCUGAUUGUUAAUAGUUGGCCGCUUUGUAUUAAAAUAGUACUAUAAUAGAGUACAUAAAUAAGGAAACAAAUAAUAUUCUAAACACACAAAAAAAAACAUCCAUAAUUAUAAUCGAGGAAUGGCGAAGAAUCUUUGGUUUAUACAAUACCAACAAUUUGUAUAAACUGUAUCUAGAUAAGAAAGCAGCAAUUAUAUAUGUAUAGUCUUAAAGUGCAUAGUAUGCAUCUGUUUACUAGAAAAUAAUAAACGUAUAAAUAAUG